CCCGCGCCCCGCGCCGAUGGCCGCCGCGGCGGGCUCCCCGGCGGCGCGCACCCGCCCUCGGACCUGACCCCGCGCGCCUGGGAUGCGCCGGGAAUGCGCGUCCUCCGGGCCUGCGGCUCCUCCCGGCUGGGCGCGGGGCGAUGGACCUGAGCAUGAAGAAGUUCACCGUGCGCAGGUUCUUCUCCGUGUACCUGCGCAAGAAGUCGCGCUCCAAGAGCUCCAGUCUAAGUCGACUCGAGGAGGAAGGCACUGUCAAGGAAAUCGACAUCAGCCACCAUGUAAAGGAAGGCUUUGAGAAGGCCGACCCUUCCCAGUUUGAACUCCUGAAAGUUCUAGGACAAGGAUCCUAUGGAAAGGUGUUCCUGGUGAGGAAGACCAAGGGAUCUGAUGCUGGGCAGCUAUAUGCAAUGAAAGUCCUUAAGAAAGCUACCUUGAAAGUUCGGGACCGAGUCAGGUCGAAGAUGGAGAGAGAUAUUUUGGCAGAAGUGAAUCACCCUUUCAUUGUAAAGCUUCAUUAUGCCUUUCAGACGGAAGGAAAGCUCUACCUGAUCCUGGACUUCCUGCGGGGAGGGGACCUCUUCAGCCGGCUCUCCAAAGAGGUGAUGUUCACCGAGGAGGAUGUCAAGUUCUACCUGGCUGAGCUGGCCCUGGCUUUAGACCACCUCCACGGCCUGGGGAUCAUCUACAGAGACCUGAAGCCUGAGAACAUCCUGCUGGACGAAGAGGGACACAUCAAGAUCACAGAUUUUGGGCUGAGUAAAGAGGCCAUCGACCAUGACAAGAGAGCUUACUCUUUCUGCGGGACGAUAGAGUACAUGGCGCCCGAGGUGGUGAACCGGCGGGGACACACGCAGAGCGCCGACUGGUGGUCCUUCGGCGUGCUCAUGUUUGAGAUGCUCACGGGAUCUCUGCCAUUCCAGGGGAAGGACAGGAAGGAGACCAUGGCCCUCAUCCUCAAAGCCAAGCUGGGCAUGCCACAGUUCCUCAGCAUGGAAGCCCAGAGUCUGCUGAGAGCCCUCUUCAAACGGAACCCGUGCAACCGACUAGGUGCUGGCAUCGACGGAGUGGAGGAGAUCAAGCGGCAUCCUUUCUUUGUGACCAUAGACUGGAAUAAGCUGUACAGGAAGGAGAUCAAGCCGCCCUUCAAACCAGCGGUGGGCAGGCCCGAGGACACCUUCCACUUUGACCCCGAGUUCACAGCACGGACACCCACAGACUCACCUGGCGUCCCCCCCAGUGCCAACGCGCAUCAUCUGUUCAGAGGGUUCAGUUUUGUGGCCUCAAGUCUGGCCCAGGAGCCCUUGCAGCAAGACCUGCACAAAGCCACGGUUCACCCCAUCGUGCAGCAGUUACACGGGAACAACAUACACUUCGCCGAUGGCUAUGAGAUCAAGGAGGACAUCGGGGUGGGCUCCUACUCCGUGUGCAAGCGAUGUGUGCAUAAAGCUACUGAGGCAGAGUAUGCCGUGAAGAUCAUCGAUAAGAGUAAGAGAGACCCCUCAGAAGAGAUCGAGAUUCUCCUGAGGUACGGGCAGCACCCGAACAUCAUCAGCCUCAAAGACGUCUACGACGACGGGAAGUUCGUGUAUCUGGUGAUGGAGCUGAUGCGCGGCGGAGAGCUCCUGGACCGCAUCCUCCGGCAGCGUUACUUCUCAGAGCGGGAGGCCAGUGAUGUACUGUGCACCAUCACCAAGACCAUGGACUACCUCCACUCCCAGGGGGUGGUGCAUCGAGACCUGAAGCCGAGUAAUAUACUGUAUAUGGACGAGUCUGGAAACCCUGAAUCCAUCCGAAUCUGUGACUUUGGGUUUGCCAAGCAGCUUCGAGCUGAGAACGGGCUGUUGAUGACACCCUGCUACACGGCAAAUUUCGUUGCCCCGGAGGUCCUGAAGCGGCAAGGCUACGAUGCAGCAUGUGACAUCUGGAGUUUGGGGACCCUGCUGUACACCAUGCUGGCGGGAUUUACCCCAUUUGCAAAUGGACCAGAUGAUACUCCUGAGGAGAUUCUGGCAAGGAUUGGCAGUGGGAAGUACGCCCUUUCUGGGGGAAACUGGGACUCAAUCUCCGAUGCCGCAAAGGAUGUCGUGUCCAAGAUGCUCCAUGUGGAUCCUCAUCAGCGCCUGACGGCCGUUCAAGUCCUAAAACACCCGUGGAUUGUCAACAGAGAGUACCUGUCCCAAAACCAGCUCAGCAGACAAGACGUCCACCUGGUGAAGGGUGCCAUGGCCGCCACCUACUUGGCUCUGAACAGGGCUCCGCAGGCCCCGCGGCUGGAGCCCGUCCUGUCGUCCGGCCUGGCGCAGCGCAGGGGCAUGAAGAGACUCACGUCCACGAGGCUCUAGCACGAGCGGGCCCUGCCGAGCGUCCUGGGCUGUCGGGCGCUGCCGCAGUGCCCACGCCGGGCUCGGAGGCCCAGGUUCCUCCGCUCGUUCCGCGCCUGCUCGCCAGCGGGAUUGGAUCCAGACCGGUGACCUCCCCACGCCCUGCUGUGCCAGCCUUGCCGCCUCCUUACCCCGAGCAAAGCCAGACAGACUCAUUUCACUGCACACCACCACGCCCGAUGCCUGUAGGGUUCCUUCGGACUCCGUGGGUCUCUUACGAUCAUGGCUUAUAUUUACAGAGAGAGGGUUUUUCCCAAUGAUAAAGCCAGUAACUGGGUCAGGUUUCCGACACACGUGUCCUAGUGAUUCGGGUGGGCGGACGCGCUGACCAGCUUACGGCACAGCCUCCCCGGGCGGGGCUGGCCUCUGCGGUCUGGGGUUGCCAGAAGGACAGGGUCGGCACAUGGCACCCAGAGUAGACGCCAGGUCCCUCCCAAUGAUCCAAAGAGCCCUUGUCCCAUCGCCCUUCUUCCUGACUGAGGUGCUGGGUGUUCUCUCUGGGUCGCGGACCCACGGGGGGAAGAGCCCAGAACCGGCAGGCGGUAUCUUCACCCGGGGAGCCUCUUUUCACAAGAAUGGUGCGUGCCUGGGGAGGAGCCAGCGAGAGCUUGUGCCCCCCGCCCUGUGUCCUUGUUCCCGCCACGGCCAGGGCUGCAGGGCUGAGGCUCCACGCUCCCGCGCUGGCUCUAGCCGUGGCCAAGGCCGCCCAGGUUCCCAGAGCGUGUUGGGCCUGACGUCUGGCCGCGGCCUUACGUCAGCCUCCUGUGCUUUCCAAGCCGUGGUUUUGCUGUGUUCACCUUCCCCUCUCCGGUCCAUGGGAGAUCCGUGAGCCCUGGCAACCCUGAGCUCUGUCCCUUCCUUCAAGGCGUGCUCUCAGUCCCAUGCAGCCGGGAGGGGGGCACGGGAGGCCCUGCUGCCGCCCUGGGGCCCGGAGGGGAGCCGAAAGGUGGGUUACCCAGGGUAGCCAUGCACUUUGUAGAAGCUGUGCUUUUGUGUUGCAUUUGUGUUUCCGGUUUUCACCUGAUGUUGCAGUGACAUUUAAUGUUUCCCUUGGGGCGCGUGCACACAGGAGGGGCGCGGUGCCGAGGGAGGGGGCUGUGCGCCUCUUGUUAACUGAAACCGGACAGGCUCGGCACCACUGCCUGGGCAGGAGGGGAGAGAGCGUGUGGCCUUCGGUGUCCUCCCACCGGCCCCACCGGGGGUGCCCCCAGGCCGGCCCAAGACUCCCCGCUGCCCUCGCUGGGUGCAGGGCACCUGCAGCCCUCAGCCAGAUCUCACUAAGAAGACACAUUUCACUGUUCCCUUCAUCCCCCAUCUCAACCAACUACACCACCUCAAAAAGACAAAAAACAACAUGCGGCAUUCUGAGUAUAACUCCUUCGCUUGCUCCAGUUGUGUUCAGACCUUAAAAUGAAACCUUUUUUCAGAAGCUUUUAUAAUUCUGUGAGCCUUUCUCCCCCCUCAGAGAACCACCAGAUGUAAAAGCGGGGGGGGGGGGGAGAGGGGGCAGGUUCUUGAACCUGUUUCCCACAAAGCCUCAUUAGGCAUCUCCCCUAUUUUCUCACUAGAAAAUGCUUUUCCCCGAGGCCACAAAGGCUUGGUUCACAAUAGUUCUGUUUUAGGUCUGAAUUAUUUGAUCUAUUAUUAGAAGCUUAGGAGAAACUGGAUAGCCCUUAGGUCCCGGGUCUGCCCUCCUGGGAAGGCACCAAGGUCAUCACACCUUCCGUCUGCUGCCCAGGCCACUGCUCCAGGGUUCCCACGGCCGACGUGUGCCGCCCGGCGGCCGGGCUGCUCGCCGAGAGUUGGAGCACGGAGGGACGCGGGCCAGAGGGGACAGGAGCCCAGGAGCGGGCGGGGAGAGGGGACAGCGGGUGCUCCCUGCGCACCACGGCUCCUGCUCGUGCGCUCUCUCGGUGCCACCACGCACGCAGCCCCACCUGCCACACCCCGAGAGCCGCAGAGCGACCCGGGGCUCACCUUGCACCACGUCGUGCCCUUAGCCAAGGCCAGGGUGCGGCGGUGGCCGCAGAGACCGUGCUGAACCAACUCUACUUGAAUGUCUGUGAAAUACCUCUGCUUUCUCACCUUAUCCAGAGCGCGGUGAUACUUGAAACCCUUCCACAAAGUCAGCCUAGAGACGUCGAUACCACAGUUUAAACCGAACUCCGAGGUCCAGUGGAGCAGCCAGCGGCUGAGCCUUCUAAGCAGCAGUGGGGUGCGAAGGAAGGGGUUACUUCUCAUUUGCGUCCCCUGUGGGGCGCACCCCUGCCGGCCCUGAGCAGCUCCAGGGCUUCACACAGGCAGCCAGACCACAGGGAGUCAGAUGGCUGCCCCAUAGACCGUGAAACAGUCCCCCCCCCCCCAUUCAUAGCCCCGCAGACCGCGGAACAGUCCCCCUCCCCGGAUCAUAGCCCCACAGACCGCGGAACAGUCCCCCCCACCCCGGAUCAUAGCCCCACAGACCGUGGACCCAUCCCCCCUCUGGAUCAUAGCCCACAGACUCUUGUGAGAAAACCGAGCCCUGGUCCUUGGGCCGCCUCCCCCACUGCCCCACGGUCCCCCCAGGGAGCCCACUGUGGUCUCGCCCCACCUGCAGGCCCCCCUGUUUGACAGGAACACCUGACUCACCCCACCAGAGUGAGGGCUCUGCCAGAUGCCGCCCCCAAGUCAAAUUUGGGCAAGAGUGAGAUUUCACCUGUAUCCUUAGGUCAGAUUGUCCGUGAUUUUAAUCUAACUUUGUGUGUCUUGAUGCCUGGAAGAUUGUCCAGCAUUUUAAGUGAUAAUAGUACUUAACGUUAGCCGGUAUUGUUCAUUCAGUGGUGUUACUCCUAAAGCCUCACGUUGGGACUGUUGCCUCACACUUGACUGAUUCUCUCAAGCACAUGACGAACUUGAUUUGCACUCUUUUUUUCUUUCCAAAUGGUUUUGUUGCCCUUCACCUCUCCAAGAGUCCUUAAAAUUCUAGAAUGGAAAAGGACACUGCAGGUCCCUGGGUGGAGAGAAGACGUGGGUUCGCAGAGCUCGGGAGGAAACCCGGGAGACUCGAACUCGCCACCGCUGGUCGCCCGUGGAGCACGCUUCCAACCCAGACCCCGACUCAGCACUUUGUUUACAAGCCCGCAUCUGUGUUUACAGGUCAUUCUUAUGUUCACGCUUUGUAUUUUAUGUUUGAGAUGGGCGGCCACUAUACAGAUAUUUAUUACGCUUUCCAGACUUUCUGAAUAGAUUUUUUGAAUAAACAUGGGUUUUAUGAAGUGUAA